AUGUGUGCACAGAUUCAGGCAUUGAUAAAUCAGCUCGCCAAGAUUCAGGCUGCCCCAGCAGUGGAAGCUACGGUUGAGCGAAAGUUCAACAAGAAAGUUGAGAUUGUUGCUGACCCCGGUGCUUUCGAAGGACACAGGGCUCGAUUUGCUGAAUGGUGGAUCAAGCUACAAGUUUGGAUCAAGGCAAAUUGGGACGCAUUUGCCGACAAUUUUGAGAUAGCAGCUGCUGAGUGCUACACGGCGGGAGUGUGGCCCACCUGGGACGAUCUCAAAGUAGAGAUUGAAAAAUACUUUAAACCGCAAGCUGAGCGUGAUUGGGUGCGUCAGCAAAUCCGUUUUUUCCAACAAGGAAGCAUGAGGACGGAUAAUUAUGUCACCCGGUUCCUGGCUCUCUCUAUCCAAGGAGGGCUUGAAAAUGAACAUGCAGUAGAGCUACUAGAACACAAUGUGAACCCCCGCAUUGCCAAGCAGAUCUAUCUGAAAGAUACACGGAGUGACAACCUGGCCCUGGCGGCUGAGGAAGUCUGA